AUGGGAAUCGAAAGCACGAGGCGACUUGCUCGUGAGACAGUGUUCUGGCCAAAAAUCAACAAGGACAUUGAUCAAUUGAUAAAGCAGUGUGAAACAUGCCAGAAACACCAAGCAAGACAGCAGAAAGAGCCACUGCAUCCCCAUGAUGCGCCACCAGCACCAUGGACCAGACUGGGAACCGACUUGUUCAUGCUCAAUAGACAAGAGUAUCUACUCGUUACUGAUUACUAUUCCAAGUAUCCGAUCAUUGAUAAGCUAACCGAUACAUCCAGUGCAGCUAUAGCAAGAGAAGUGACGGGAAUCUUCAGUCUGUUCGGUCCAACAAAUAAAAAUGUGUCCGACAACGGUCCACAAUUUAUCGGGAAACCAUUCCAAGACAUGUACAAGAAGUGGAAUAUCAAGCACAUCACUUCUUCACCGCACUAUCCAAGAUCCAACGGAUUAGCUGAGAGAAUGGUUCGUACAAUCAAGAAUCUGUUGACGAAGUGUUCUCAAACUAGCCAAGACAGUCAACUAGCCAUGGUGCACCUGAGAGCAACACCAGUUGACAAUAACUUGAGAUCACCAGCAGAGAUGUUUUUUGGAAGACCCAUCAGAACCACAUUGCCAAGUCACUAUCUUUCGAGAGAUUCUGCUGCCACCGAGUUUCUCUUGAAUAGGCAAAGCAAAAUGAAGGAAGUGCAUCAUCGACAUGCAAUUUCUGUUCUGCCACCACUGCAUGUAGGACAGCCAGUGAAGGUUCUGCAUCCAAGAGACCACACUUGGAUAACAGCCAAGGUAUCCAAGGUCUGUGAAGAACCUCGAUCCUACGAAGUUUCAACGCCGAACGGAGGAAUCUUGAGGAGAAAUAGAUCUCACUUGAGGGAAAUUCCAUCCACCAACCUAACUCCGAAGCGUGUGAGCUUCGACGAAGACCACUCCACAGAAACACAACCAGAGGAAGACAACGUCCAACGGACACCAAUGUCCAACUCUAACGCUAAUCAAUCCCAACAGACAUACUCACAAACUACGAGAUCUGGACGCACUAUUCGCAGAUUAGAGAGAUUCAUGUUUUAA